UUUUUAUGUGUUAAUGUGGAUUCUGCAUUUAUUUUCUGUUGGUUUGUGUCUCUUUCAGCUCAUUUUGUGUCUCUUUCAGGUCAUUUUACGUCUCCUUCAGGUCAUUUUGUGUCUCUUUCAGGUCAUUCUGCGUCUCUUUCAGGUCAUUUUGUGUCUCCUUCAGGUCAUUUUGCGUCUCCUUCAGGUCAUUUUGUGUCUCCUUGAAGUCAUUUUGUGUCUCCUUCAGGUCAUUCUGCGUCUCUUUCAGGUCAUUUUGCGUCUCUUUCAGGUCAUUUUGUGUCUCUUUCAGGUCAUUUUGUGUCUCCUUCAGGUCAUUUUGCGUCUCCUUCAGGUCAUUUUGCGUCUCUUUCAGCUCAUUUUGUGUCUCCUUCAGGUCAUUUUACGUCUCCUUCAGGUCAUUUUACAUCUCCUUCAGGUCAUUUUGCGUCUCUUUCAGGUCAUUUUGCGUCUCUUUCAGCUCAUUUUGCGUCUCCUUCAGGUCAUUUUACAUCUCCUUCAGGUCAUUUUGCGUCUCUUUCAGGUCAUUUUGCAUCUCUUUCAGGUCAUUUUGUGUCUCUUUCAGCUCAUUUUGUGUCUCCUACAGGUCAUUUUGCGUCUCCUUCAGGCCAUUUUGCGUCUCCUUCAGGUCAUUUUGUGUCUCCUUGAAGUCAUUUUGCGUCUCUUUCAGGUCAUUUUGCGUCUCUUUCAGGUCAUUUUGCGUCUCUUUCAGCUCAUUUUGUGUCUCCUUCAGGUCAUUUUGCGUCUCCUUCAGGUCAUUUUGCAUCUCCUUCAGGUCAUUUUGUGUCUCCUUGAAGUCAUUUUGUGUCUCCUUGAAGUCAUUUUGCAUCUCCUUCAGGUCAUUUUGCAUCUCCUUCAGGUCAUUUUGUGUCUCCUUCAGGUCAUUUUGUGUCUCCUUCAGGUCAUUUUGUGUCUCCUUCAGGUCAUUUUGCAUCUCCUUCAGGUCAUUUUGUGUCUCCUUCAGGUCAUUUUGCGUCUCUUUCAGGUCAUUUUGUGUCUUCUUCAGGUCAUUUUGCGUCUCCUUCAGGUCAUUUUGUGUCUCUUUCAGGUCAUUUUGUGUCUUCUUCAGGUCAUUUUGCGUCUCCUUCAGGUCAUUUUGUGUCUCUUUUCUGCGCUGUUUCAUCGUGUAGUUGUUCUUUUGCAGUAAUUUUAGGCAGAAACUCAUUUUUUUCCUGAUUUUCCAUCAUUUUAACAGAGUCAGUCUGCACAGAAGUAAUUUGUGAUUAUCUGUCUCUCUUUAUGUUGUUCUGUUUUAGAUCGUCUACUGUCUUUUUGCAUCUUUUAGUUGAGAUUUGGUCUCUUUUCGUGUGUUUUUUUGGUUAAUUUUGUCUCAGUCAGGUAUUUUUUAUAUGUGCUUGUUCAUUUUGCAUCUACUUUAUGUCCAUCUGCAUCCGUUCC